AUGAGAUCUAUUUACCAUAUAAUCCCCCAAACUCUGGCAUUUCACACUCUAGGAAAACAUGCCUUAAAUCACUGGCCCCUAAAGCUUUUACACGACCCGAAUAUAAUGGAAUUCACAUCAGACCCUAAACUCGGAUAUUUGAUUAAAAGAAAUACAGAGAAUCUACCGUUGGAACCAAUUAAGGCCGCCAGAAUACAGAACAAGCAUGUCAAAUCUAGAUACGACUAUAUUUCAACUCCCGAAAAACAUAAAGGAAAAUUUUUACACAAUGACAAACAACUAAAUUCAAAGUCCGUUAUACGCAUUAAGGCUGGUUCUGCUAAAGGGAAAAAAAUACACUUACCCAGAGUACCUUUACGUCCUAUGAUGAGUAGAGUGAAAGAUGCAGUAUUCUCUAUUAUACAGCAUAUGGGAUUUUUUGCUUUAGGAAGGGAAACAAAUGUUUUAGACCUUUUUUGUGGAACAGGUUCACUUGGCAUUGAAGCAUUGUCAAGAGGGGCAAAAUAUUCUACCUUUGUGGACCUAGAUAAUGCUUGCUGUGAGGCUACUAGUCACAACCUCAGAGAAUUAAGAUUAAAUGAAAAAUCUAGGGUUAUUAGAGCGGAUGCUAUGGAGAUUUUGAAUAGUCCAUGGCUAAUGAGCUUAGAUGACAUCUUCGAUAUAGCAUUCAUAUGUCCUCCGUAUGAGCGGAUAGUGUAUGGGGAUUUAAUUGAGAGCGUUGCAACUACUAGAUUGUUUAAACAGGGUUCAAUAAUAGUUUUGGAAUACCCAAAAGAAUUGGGAUUUUUACCACAAUCCAUACACAAUGGAGAACUAAUUGGAUUAAGGAAUCGCAAAUUUGGCAGAACUACGAUAGCAAUUUAUGUUAAAAACCCUGAUAAUGAAACAAAAUUAUUGGCAUCCAAAAGGACGAAGGAGUUUCGUCUAGGAAAGGAAAAAAUUCAUAGUUUAGGAGUAGUAUCAAGUCCAUCCAAUCCUUAA